AAGCUUUUUAUACCCCUAGAAGCUGUUUCUUUUUUUUUCUUGCUGUAAAGCAGAACUUGGUGAGAUAGUGAUCCAGUUUGCCCACAAGCCUCACGCUCAGGAAACCAACCCCCUCUCAGUGUUACCGACCCACAACUUUUGCAGUGAAAAUAAACCUCUGAGUUGAGAUCAAGUCACAACAUCCAACAAUGAAUCUGCUUCUCACACUCUUCCUGCUAUGGACCUGCCAUGGAGGAAUCCAUAGCAAGAAUCCAUACUGUACUAUCCAGACUGGGUCAGUGCGAGUGAGUGAGGGAGACAAUGUCAUUAUCCCAUGUAGGUUCAGUUACCCCGGGGAUAGAAGAGACAGAUCCAUCAGUCUGAGAGUCUACUGGAGAGCAGCAACAUCCCGGACCUGUGGACAAAACACGUUCAUUUAUAAUCACACAGAGAAUUAUGUACAUGGGAACUACACAGGGAGAAUCAGCCUGGAGGGAAACCCCAAGGAACAGAAUGUGGUGUCUCUCCGAAUCCAGUGGAUCAGACGCACGGACGGCCCAAUGUUCUGCUGCCGCCUGGAACCAGAAGACAAGGAAUUAAAACCUUGGCAGAAUAUCCAGGGAACAUUCAUACAAUUAUCAGAUGAAUUCUCUGUACAACAAGUUGAUACAAUUCCUGCCAUUGAGGGAGAAACCACCGUUAUCCCCUGUAUUGUUCAUUCUGCAACUGAGGAAAUACGGGAAGUAACAUGGAGCUGGGGGGACAGUCUCACUUGUAACAAUAACCCCAAUAUUGUGAGAUGGACAGAGGAAAAUGGAUCCCAGAAGCAAAGAGACUUCUCACUGGUGGACUUCCCUAGAGACGUCUCAUUACGGAUAGAAGGAGCUGCCCCUUCCCAUAGGAAACAUUACUGCUGUGAGGUGAAAGUGGGAAACAAAACUGCACAAAGUGAUCAUGGCACAGAACUGGCAGUUGCAGCCUCUGAGCCCAGCGUUGGCUUCUCUGUUACUCAGAGUUCAGAACUCACAGUCCAGUCGGGAGACUCAGCCUCCAUCAGCUGCUCCUUCUCUCCCAACAGAGACCCCUUGUGGGUGGGAGUUUACUGGCGAGUGGGGAACCUCACGGGACCAUUUGCCUAUCACCCCUCCCAGGAGAUGGUCCAUCCCAUGUACAAGGGGAGGACAGAGCUGAGGAGGGAGACAGAUCUCUAUAUAAGGAACGUGCAGGAGGCUGAUAAUAACACCUCAUACUAUUGCUUUGUUAUACUCAGAUUUUGUGAGGAUCUCAACAUCUUCAGUACAGAGACCAUUUAUGGCACAGGGACCAGACAGCUUGUGACAGACUCUGCACCUCCAGGCUGGGUUAUUCCAGUGGUUCUAUCGCUCAUCGCUCUUCUUCUCCUCCUGGUUGGGACGUUGACCUGCCUGAGGAUCAAAGGAAAAAUAUGUAUUUCUCACAGCAAAGGGCAAGAAGUGAAUAUUUCACUGACCACAGAUGCUAGAAGCCCAACAAAUCAUUUUCUUGGUACUGUGGCUCCUGAGCAGAACAGAAAUCCUCAAUCCCAGACUGACCGAGAGGAAUCCUCAGGAGUUCUUUAUUCUCACAUUAACCACAAGAACCAUAGAAACAAAGAGGAAAAGGAGAAUUCAAUUGCUAAGAGUGAGGAAGGCUCAUCUGUAUUAUAUGCAGUGGUUGGAAGAGCAGACCAUGGGGCUGUAUAUGCAACUGUGCAAAAGAAUAAUAUUUCAGCCUUGUCCUCCACCCUACACAGCCAAUGAGCAUCACAGGCCUCACAAAGCACAAUUUCAUCUUCCCUCUUUCACUAAAUUGUUCUACCAUGACUACAUGGUGUAAAGACUCAGCAAACAGGCCCGUAUUUGUGGAGAGGCCACCAAGGCCCUGGCCUAGGGUGGCAGGAUUUUAGGCGGUGGGGAGGUGCAAGAGAGUGGGGAGGUGCAGGAGAUACGAUAGUUUUUAAAAUUUCCUGUACGUCAAUCCCCAUUGCUCUGGUCCCGAUG